GUCUCCGAGCUGAUCGGUAGUGAUGUGACGAAUCUGCAUAUAAGAAGACAUGUGGAACAUCGAUGAUAGAGUCAUACUUGUAAACGAGAGCGGAAGCAUACAUUAAGUCAACUAUCUUAGCCUCUUGAUAUCUCCAAGCACUAUCAACACGACAUCUACUUGUCACUGCUACCUCGUUAACACCACAAUGUCUUCUCAAUCCAACACUACCUCACCAAGCGAUCUGCCACGCUACUCUACUACUGCACCGCCGCCAUACUCAUCUUCCGAUGCGAACUCCCUAAUUUCAACAAAAUCAACAUCGAAAAGUAUUCUGGCAAAGUUAUUGAACCGAAAGCCAGCUGCUGAAGCGACGUCGCAAUCGAGUAACGAAGCGCAAAAGAAAGUGGAUGAGUCUGAGAAUAGAGCUGCUGCGAGAGCGGCGUACUUCUCCGGGCUUUGAAAGAUUCGCCGCCUUUGGAGGAGUCAGAUUGCCGGAUGUGGGUUUCGGAGUGAUGCGUAGAAUACUCCACAUGUUUACAAUGUGGGAAUAAUGUUGCUGGAAGAGCGGUUUGAGGCCUACAUCGGGUCGGAUUUUCA